UGAAAUGCAAGGAGACUGUCGAAAAGUGAUGUUCUUAUCAAAGUCAAGCAAUCGGACUUGGCUAGUACUUGGUUGGGUAAUCAUCCAUGUCUGCCAAGUGGCAUUGGAAAGCAAGGUGCACACAGCCAUUGUGAGUCCAACUGAGGAUCUAUUUGACUGGGAAGUAGCGGCUCAGGUCAUGAAAACUGACAAUGGCUGGGAGAGUGGUGUGCUGACCACAUGCCCUGCCCCUCCAUACCCACAUCCAUCAGCUGAGGAAGACAUGGCAGUUGGAUUCCCUCUGGAGAAUAAUAAGGAGAGAAGAGAGGAGACACCAGAGAAGAAGAAGGAGACAAAGAAGAAGAGAUGGUAUGGCACAGUGAUGUUGUGUUCUUAG